AUGCACUCGUCCUUCACCCGCAUCCAAAACGUCUUCGGCUUCUUCACAACAGUCGCCUGCGUGCUAGCUGGCUUCAUCGCCGCAACCGACCUCCUCGCCGCCCGCAACCCCAGCGGCACUCUCAUCCCAACCAACAUCCAAGUAGUCAAAGGCCGCCCCCACUACUAUAGCAGUAAAAAGGAAGAAUACGCCAUCAUCAAGUUCUCCCUCGACGCAGACCUCUCGAGCCUCUUCACAUGGAACACAAAGCAGCUCUUCGUCUACGUCACCGCCGAUUGGCCCUCGGCGGAGGGCCAGAACGCUACAAACUCAGCCGUCAUCUGGGAUAGCAUCAUCACGAACCCCAGCGCCGACCACCUGCAGAACAUUGGGCCCAUUGCCAUGAAGAAGCUCAAGCGCAGUGCGGAAGGCAAGGCGAUUGAUCCCAGCCGUGGCCUUCUUAAACUCAACAACCAGCGACCAAAGUACCAAAUCACGCAUCCCUCGGGCAAGAUUGCCAGCGUCAACGAUGUGACCCUUAAGCUGCAUUAUAAUGUCCAGCCAUGGGUUGGCCUGCUUACGUGGAACAUGGACAAGGUUAUCGGGUGGUGGUUCCCAAUGGAGAAGGGCGUGAGCGAAAAGUUUGAGUUUCCGGCGGUAAAGACCAAGGAUGCGAAGAAGAAGGCCAAGAAAGCCUAG